CACGGCCGUGUCUAGCCAAAGUUUCCACCGUACUCUCGUACUACUACUAUACUCGGUUCACGUUCGUAAGUUAGUCUUUUAGAUUGGUUCUACUGUGUUUGUCGUACGUGCAAGUUCAAGUACUCGACAACGAUUGUGUGGUGUUAAAUUUUUUCGUGUAUGAAUAAUAUUGUGCGGCGCGAAUUUGAGUGUGAAAUUUAUACGUAAUAAAAAAGAGUUGAGCGUACGAUAGAUAAUUAUUUUUUGAAUUCGAUUCGCGAAUUUUUUUUCAUUUUGAAAAUAUACCUAUAAUUUUUUUAUGGCUGUAGUGUCAUCGAAUAGUGUGUUUUGUUUCGCUUUAUUAAUUGAUAAUAAUAAUAAUAAAAUAAUUUGUUAAUGAUUCAAACAACUAGCGACCAAUAUUCUAUGGCGUCUAGAUGAAAAACUUUAGAUUUUUUUCGUGUUAUGAUGGAAAGUAAUUCCAAAAUAACGAAUUGGUGUAGUGGCGGAAUCUUCCUACAUACGGUUACGAAAAUAUUCAAACUUGGGCGUCAGGAUAAAAAAUCUAAUAAAAAGAAAUUCAUUCCGAUCAUACGUAUGGCUCCUUUAUCGCCCAUGAGUGAAAAUGAGGCGGUGUUGAAGAAGACGACUUGUUGCAACGGUACAGCAGCCACGACGAUGGUAUCGCCGACUUCGACUCCUUCAGCUACGGCCGUCGUGCCGACCACAGCCAUUCCUACGACGCCUUCGGCGACAGCGGCGACCACUGUGACUUCUACGAAUACUGCCCAUACCCAUACCCCUUCGAAAACGACGACGACGACUGCGGCGCCGGCCACUGCCACUGCCACGCCAACGAUGCCACCUACCAAAAGAACACCGAACGAUUUCGUCUUCGGUAAAGUCAUCGGCGAAGGGAGUUAUUCGACGGUAUAUUUGACCAGAGAUAUUCACACGCAGAAACUAUUUGCGAUUAAAGUUUGCGAAAAGCAGCAUAUAAUUAGAGAAAAGAAGACCGAAUACGUUAAACGAGAAAAAGAUAUUUUAUAUUACUUGAGUAAUACGCCGUUCAUCGUGAAGCUUUUUUAUACGUUUCAAGAUGUCGAUAGAUUAUAUUUCGUACUAAGUUACGCCAAAAACGGCGAACUGUUGCCAUACAUCAAUAAAGUCGGAUCUUUCGACAUGGACUGCACGAAAUUCUACUCGGGCGAGAUCCUGGCCGCUUUAGAGUACCUGCACAACGCCAACGUAAUUCACCGCGAUUUGAAACCGGAAAACAUUCUGCUGGACGAGAAUAUGCACAUCAUGAUCACCGAUUUCGGCUCCGCUACCAUGUGCAAGCCGCCUCGCAAGAACGGCAUGUCGAACGGAUGCGGCCGAGGUGACGACGACGACGACGACGAAGAAGACGAACCUCGCAAGCGCAAGAAUAGUUUCGUCGGUACUGCCCAGUACGUGUCGCCGGAGCUGCUCACCGAUAAGCCAGUGUCUCCUAGUUCCGAUUUGUGGGCCUUCGGGUGCAUUAUUUAUCAAAUGAUCGCCGGAUUACCGCCGUUUAGAUCGAGAAGCGAAUAUAUCAUAUUCCAAAAGAUAACGAAAUUAGAAUACGAAUUUCCAGAUGGUUUCUGUGAAAAAGCCCGCGACUUAGUUGAAAAAUUACUGGUUCUCGAUUCGGACGAAAGGUUGGGCGCCAGAGAUACCACUCGUUACUCGUCGAUCAGAAGUCAUCCUUUCUACGAAGGCUUAGAUUUCGAAACUUUGCAAGAUACCACUCCUCCGCAAAUCUACCCUUACCUGCCAGGACGCGAUUCCGAUAGUCAAGAAUUACGUAGUCAUUACAGAGUACCGGAUAAUUUGGAACCGGGCUUGAACGAAAAACAGCUAACCAGACUGCUAGGCUUAGAUAUCAGGUGGGCCGAGCCCGAACAGCCACCUCAGACAGUCAGACCGCGCAAGAAAUCCGGUGUCAUGGAUUUAAACGCGGAAGAAAUCAAAGAACAGCUCGAGCAGCAGAAACGUUCCAGUAAAUGGGAUUCGAUGGUACAAGGCAAUCUGAUACUGAAACAAGGACUGAUCGAUAAACGAAAAGGUUUAUUUUCAAAACGGCGAAUGCUGCUGUUAACAAUGGGUCCUCAUUUAUAUUACGCGGAUCCGGUUACGCAUACGCUGAAAGGCGAAAUACCUUGGAGUCCUGAAUUAAGAAUAGAACCUAAAAACUUUAAAACAUUUUUCGUACACACUCCUAAUCGAACAUAUUACCUUGAAGAUCCGGAAGGUUACGCCCUAGAUUGGUGUAAAGCUAUCGAAGAAGUUCGAAUCACUACCUACGGAGCGGACAAUACAUAACGAUGAUUUAAACAACAACUUUAGAAUAAUUUAUUUAUUUAUUUAAAUUUUUAGUUCAUACGUUUCUCUUUCAUAUUUUUUUCUUUCGUUUUUUUUCUUUUUUUUUUUUACUACGUUAUGUAAAUUAAUCGCAAACGUGUUAAUUAAUUUAAUUCUGUUACGAAAAUUUCUCGUCUCCAGUCACAACGUAUUUUUUAUUCCGUUUUCGGAAUUUGGGCCUUCGAGGGACGAACGCGGUACAAAAAAUGCCAGCCGAAGUCGAAGUGUAAAAAACAAAAAAUCUGGUAUUCGUUUUUUUUUUGAAAAGAUUUUUACGAAAUACGACUCGGAUGUUGUAUUUUUGAUUUUUAUUUUCUCUCCUCGUAUGUUUAUUUUUUUUUUGUGAGGAGGGUAGUGUGAUUUCUGCAUCACUAUUCGGUUAUCCGGCCAGUCUUUUCGUAAAUAUCUUGUCGCGUUAUUAUUUAUAAUUAUUGCGACGUCUCGGUCGGGCAGGCAAAUAGAUCGAGACGUUGCGAGUAGUCUCUGUGAUAUUUGUUUCGUUAGGUUUUUUUUUCUUUUUUUUCUUUCUUUAUUCUACGAGGUAACUUUUUUCCUAUGUAUUGUGUAGUAAUGUUGUUUAUUAAUAUUUGCCUCGAAGACCGGAUUUUUUACUCGCCGAUACGACUCGGACUCCCUCCCUCGGCUCGAUGAUGAAAAAAAAACGUGUAGAAAUAUCUCGCGUAGUAGUAGCCAAUUAGGUAAUAAUAUGUAUUUUUUGUCAUCGCGUAUUUCCUCUUUCUCUCUCCCUGCUUGGAGGUGAAAAAGUCCCGAAAUUCGAAUAAAUCAACUUGAUACUGCCACUCUCGCGUAUAUUUAUAUUAUUUAAUUGUAAAUACAUUUAUAGUAUAAUAUUAAUCUAAUCCUACCUACCCUACCGGCGGAUUAAUCAAAACAAAAAAAAAGAAAGAAAUUCGUCGAGAGAGUAAAGAUGGACACGGCGCGUUCAAAGGUACCUUAGACUCGUUCUUUUUAUUAGUUACCUUUAAUAGUUACUUCGUGUGCGCGUGUGUUGUAUUUACUACUUUUUUUUUCUUAUAUUUUAUAAGGUAAUUUCUCUCUUUCCUUUAUUUUUUAUUAAUAAAAUUCGAAGCGAAAAUACGAAAAAAAAUAUAAAAAAAUUGAAAAAAAACUCACGCGAUGUAUAUUACACUCGUAUAUCGUUUUGUUACGCGAGAUGAUUUAUUUCUCCCUUUAUUUAUUUUUUUUUCUGACGAUUUAGGUCAUUUUCCCUGUGCCCGUGUUGGGUAAUUUGUUAAAUUAUUAGCGAUCUGAGCGUAUUUAAUUACCUCGAAUUUAUUUAUUUUUUUGUUGUAAAUAUUUAUAACCUCUGGAUUUUGUUUUUUCAUCCGUUUAUAGCGAAAUUGAUUUCAAGUGUAUAUAGAAUUAGCACACUUUUUUUCAUUUUUCUUUUUCUGUCUUUGAUCACUGUUUUUUUUUUCUCUCUCUAUUUCUUAUGUAUUUGGAAAACAGAGAGAAGUCGAGAUUUUUUAGGUAAGCAAAUUGUUACGUUAUGAAAAUGAUAACGAAAAAAUGGAAUUGAAUUUUCUGUUGUAAUAGUCAAAUGUGUUCAUACUAGAAUUUGUUUUUUCUACUAUUUAAAUACCCUCGAUUUUUUCUCCUCCUUUUUUGGAUUAAUAAGUUAACUCUUUUUUUUUUUUUUUUUUUUUCUAAUUUAUAUACUGGUGUUAAAACUAGUCAAAUUUUUUUUUGUCUUCAUUUUAGUACUAUUGAAAACGGUGGUUAGAGCGUGAUGUCGAUUUAAAAAAAAAAAAAAAAAAAGUAUGGCAACGCAAAAUCUAUGGUAAUAGAAUUUAUUAUCUUUUCAAUCGGUAUACAGGGUGUAACACAAAUGCUGAAAACACGUCGUUGAUUUAUAAAAAAAUUUCAAGUUGUUGAAUUUGUUGUUAUGUAAAAGAAUUAUACUACUUCGUAUACCAAUUUGUUUUUAGUAUACUAAUUAAUAUAUCGUCGUAAUCUGACUGAAUAUUUUGUAAUAAUGCAAUACAUUUUAAAAACUAA